UUUUUGGUUGAUGUUUCGUAUUAAUCACAUACUUGAAAUUAGUAGCGACUUGCAUGAUUCAUAGAGAUCUUAUUUCGUGUUUAUAUUUUAUUUCUUCCAUCGUGAAUGUCAUUUUGCAUGAAACAUAUAUAUCUAACGUACAGAGUGGGAUCGCCAUUCUACUGAUGCAAAUAUCUUGUUAUAUCUGUACAAAGUUGUAUAAGCAAGAUGGCGGCGGCAGGGGUUAGGAGGAGGAGCAUAGAAAACUUGUUGAAUAUCGUAGGGAUUUAUUGAGCGGCUUCCAGUUGAUUUAAUUCGGCAUAGUCAUGAAUGACACAGAAGCACGAGCCCAUGAAUUACUGCGCCGCAGAGAAUGGGGUCGUGCUGCAGAACUGUUUGACCAGCUAUUGGGCCCUGUCUUGAACAAUGGUACACCUAAGGAGAGGGUUGUUGGAUUUUUGUUGGGGCGUUCAGAGUGCUGUCUGGAACUUGGCAGACACGAGGUAGUUGUGUCAGACUGCCGUCGUGUUAUCAAACUUCUAGCAGAUGUUGACUGUGGUAGCAACAGUGGAGCAAGAGCACGAAGGCGCCUUGUACAUUCUUUGUUUUCCUUGCAUCGGUUUGCGGAAGCUGAGGCAGCUGCCAGAGAGUGGUUGGCUUCUGGUGGUGGAGCAACAAAUCAGCCUGAAGCUUUAAAAAUGCUGGAACGCUUAAGAAUUGUACUUCAAAUGGCAAAUGGCCAAAAGACUAGUUCAAAUCAUAGAAACAUGACUCCACAGCAAAGACUGGAUGAAGAAUUGCUGGCGCUCGAUUCAAGACUAGAGUCAUGGACAGGUAUUGGUCUGCCAGAGAGGUCUCGAAGGCAGCGAAAGCAUCCAGUUGAACUUAUUGAUGAGUCAAAUGAUUGUGAAUCUGCUGGAGAGAAUACUGUUAAUAAUGUGAUACAUGUGAGGAGGAAGCAUCCUGUGGAGUUGGUCAGUGUUGUGGAUUCUGAAGAUAUCAUACGUCAAAAUAAUUUCCAACAACAGAUUGGUGAUGUAACAGUAAUCAGUGCAAGUGAAGUUUGUGAAAAUGGUGACUGUGGUGGAAAGCGUUCAUUAGUGUCUGAUCUCGAGAGUGGGAAUGAACCUAUGUGCAGCUAUUGCUGUCUUACAUUCUCUGAUCGUUCGGAGCUGCGCGUCCAUUGCCAGUCAGUGAGUCACCAAACAAUCAUCAUGUCUGACGAGGGAAGGGAUUGGAAGUGGCGCCCUCCUCCUCGUGGACUCACAUCAAAUGCCUAUUCAUUGUGUGAGAGCUGGGCAGAUGGUGGAGGUUCUUGCCGGUAUGGUGCUCAGUGUGUUGAAGCACAUGGGACUGAAGAAUUGGCUGAAUGGAGAGAGCGGUUUGAGUACAGACGGAUGAAAUUGCAGCGAGCAUGUGAAAAGGAACUGUAUGGGAAAUCUUAUACAGAACAACUUCUAGAAAGGUGGGUCCAAGCUCCAAGUCCAGAGAAGGUGAUGAGAGAGAAGUUAGAUGGCGUAGAUGAAUUUUGCAGUGGUGAUCUUGUAACCACAGUAUCAUCAAAAGUGAGUCACCGUGAAUGGCUCUUUACUCUACAGACAUGUAGGUUGCUGCGAGCAGUAGCCCUCCUACAGGAUACUCAUCGAAACCACUUCUUCCUAAGGUAUGUGUCAAGUGGAGAUCCAUCACAGAAAAUUGUUUCGGAAUGGAAACCAAGUAAUGAUCAGGAAUGGAGUGUACCAAAUGUUAGGGCUCUGGAACAAAGAAACCCAAUGGAAUCUGAAAGUGCUCCAGUUUUAGAACACAAGGUGAAAGUUUCAUUUGCUACAGACAUUUAUGGGACAUUUCGGCAAUCAGUAGUGUUUGAUUUUGGUGGAGAACCAGUACUGGUGCGACAUCUGUGUGUAGAUGUUGUACCUGUAACAGAUGUUGAUCGAAUGAGAGAGAUUCGCAAAGAGCUGGUUCUCUCAACUGCUGAACGGUGGGAUAUAACAAAUGCAGAAAUUGUAGCGUUCUCCUCUCCGGUUACUCCAAUGGUGCCUACUCCAGCAGCCAUUGCAAAAGAUAGUGAACAUGAAAGAGAUCUGUUGAAUGCAUAUCCAAGUCCUCGUGGAGAUACAUUUACUCUUACACAGUCAACCGUUACAGAGAAGAAACUUACUCGGAAUAAUUACCGCGCCCGCAUUCAUGAACUGCUUUCUGUUGAAGAGAUGGCAAGAUAUGAACAGGUGGCUAGAUACAAUCUAACAGCCAAGUUACGUUUAGCAAAUUGCUACCUUCUUGCUCCAAGUGGUGUAGCGACUAGCACUGCAAAAUAUGCUCAUUCAGGAGAAUUAUUUGCACUUAUGAACCUUGGAAAAGAUGUGUCAGAGGAUACUUCAGCUGGCCGUCUCAUACUAAAUAACUGUACAACGGUGCUGAUAACUGCAGCAUGUACUCCAUCAAAACAAGAAUCUGGUGUGGCCAAAACCCAGCAACGAUCGUCACAGAGUUCCGUAGAAAUUGAUGAUGAUUUAAGCAAACAGAAACGUGUAGUUUAUGAAGCUCUGAUUGAAGACAAGGGGAAAAACAUGAUCUACCUCCGAUUGUCAGCUACAACAGUGCACUCUCUCAAAAUGAAGCCAGAUACAGACUUUAUAGCUGAAGUACAGUUCCAGUUAAACAGGAUACCAUAUUGUGAAUGGCAUUAUGCCAUUGAUAAGAUUGCUGACUUCCGUGUCAUAUUCCCUGACACGUACCUUGAGCCAAGCAUACCAUGGACACCUCAGAGGCAGUGGAGUGACAUUCUGGACAGUAGACUGAAUUUGAAACAAAAAGAAGCAGUAGUUGCCAUCACAACUCCUGUCAACUGUCCCUUGCCACCUAUUCUUAUCAUAGGGCCAUUUGGUACUGGUAAAACAUAUACAUUGGCUCAAGCUAUUAAGCAACUUUUACUCCAGCCUGAUACUCGAGUCCUAGUAUGCACACAUUCAAACAGUGCUGCUGAUCUUUAUAUCAAAGAUUAUCUUCAUCCUUAUGUUGAAGCAGGCCAUGAAGAGGCACGUCCACUUAGAAUAUAUUAUCAUAAGCGCUGGGUUGCAACGGUCAAUCAGGUUGUUCAGAAGUACUGUCUAAUUGAGAUGAAUGGAGGUGUGAGAACAUUCAGAGUUCCAACAUUGGAAGAUGUUUUGAAGCAUCGUGUGAUAGUUGUGACUCUUAGCAUCUCAAUGUAUCUCUCAACACUUGGUUUACAGAAAGGGCACUUUAGCCACAUCUUAUUAGAUGAAGCAGCUCAAGCAAUGGAAUGUGAAGCUAUCAUGCCACUUGCUUUAGCAAAUGAGGAUACAAGAAUUGUUUUGGCAGGAGACCACAUGCAGCUGUCCCCUGAGUUAUUCUCUCAGUUUGCAAAAGAGCGCAAUCUGCAUGUCUCUCUUUUGGAGCGGCUGUAUGAUCAUUAUCCCACAACAUUCCCAUGUAAAAUCUUGCUGUGUGAGAACUAUAGGGCACAUGAAGCUAUCAUACAAUUCACUUCAGAGCUGUUCUAUGAUCAGAAGCUAAUCAGUAGUUCAAAGCAGCCACAACAUGAGAAGUUCUACCCCCUAACUUUCUUCACUACCCGAGGUGAAGAUGUGCAGGACCUUAACUCCACAGCCUUCUAUAAUAAUUCAGAGGUCUAUGAAGUGGUGGAGAGGGUUUGUGAACUGAGGAAGAAGUGGCCAGCAGCUUGGGGUAAGAUGGAUGACCAGAGUAUUGGAAUCAUGACUCCUUACGCUGAUCAGGUGUUCCGGAUCCGUUCUGAAUUGCGCAAGCGGCGGAUGGGAGGAAUCUCUGUAGAAAGGGUUCUUAAUGUACAAGGAAAACAGUUCCGAGCAAUUUUUCUUAGUACAGUAAGAACACGUCGCACAUGUCACUCAGGGACAAAAUCAGGAAUGGGUGGAGAUGAGAUGGACUAUGGGUUCUUGUCAAACUCAAAGCUUCUAAACACAGCCAUCACAAGGGCUCAGAGCUUGGUGGCAGUUGUUGGAGACCCAGUAGCUCUCUGUUCUAUUGGCAGGUGCAGGAAGGUGUGGGAGAGGUUCAUUCAGAUCUGCAACCAAAACAAAAGCUUGUUUGGCAUCACAUGGUCCUAUUUACGCAGCCAGCUGGAUGGUGUGGAACUGAAGAAGACUUAUGUUCUGAACCCUCUAGCUCCUGAAUUUUUUCCUCGCCAAUAUCAAGGAGAACCUUAUAUUCGACUGCCAUCUCUCCUAGGACCAUAUGGAGGAACUGCCCCUGGAUUACUUCCUCCCGCUCUGCAAUUUCCACCAGGUCCUCAGCAUCCUAUACCUCCUUACCUAGCUCCCAGUAUAUACCCUUGUCAGGUGUACUAUUACCCACAUCACCCAUCAAAUCCAUCAUUUUACCCGCUUAGGCCUCCACUCAUGUAUCCUCAACCCAGUGGGCCUCCACCUCCCUUGAAUCCAUGGGGUCUUAAUUAUCCUGUUGUGUCUCCUCCUAUACCAGGUAGCAUAUUCUCUGCUCAUGGAACAGGUCAAAACACACCAGUUGGAUGGCCAACAAACAUGGCUGCAGCAUCUGGGAAGAAGAAAGCAGCAGCACUGCCACAGCCACCACCGCCACCGCCGCCACCACCACCACCACCGCCGCCACAAUCACAACCACCUGAUUCAAGGCUAGAGGCAAAUUCUCUCCCUAACAGAAGUCUUGGUAACUCAGUAAUCCAGCCAGGAUCUUUCACAUCCAUUCCACAGGAAUCUUCUCCAGUUAGUCCAGGUUGCAACUUACCUGAUAGUUAUGUUCCUGGUGGUGUUAUUUCACCAGCUUCAUUUCUCAAACCAAACUUGCCACCACAGGCAGGUCAAAAUCUGACUGCUGUGGACUCCCUUAGGAACACAUUUAUCUCCCUUCAGGGUUCUGGAGACAAACAUCUAACUGUUGAUCAUAUUGGAGCAAGAAGGCAACAUGAAAAAUCUGAACAAAUUCAGUUCCUACAAAAUGUACAUUUUCCAGAGCGACAUCAAAAUCACUUAGUUGCCCAAGAAGUGAGUCUUGGAUUGGGAGAUUGGAGCAACCUUCUUCCUCGCAAUAUGACAUUGGCAGAAAUGAUUGAAUCGCAACCCAGACAGAGAGAAUGGUAUAACCACCUUUUGGACAGUGCUGGACUAGAAACUGCCACAAAGUUUAUGGAACUGUUGGUUGUUAGCACAUCGAAUACCCUAAAUGGUUCAAGACAGCAGAAGCCUCCUUCUCCUCCACCAACACUCCAGGAGUCAUUCCCAUCUCCAGCUAUGAUCCACACUUUGGAAGAAUUGUUUGCAGACAAGAAUUUGGGUGCUCAGCCAGGAGUAGUGACAUGUAACCAGCUGCAGCAACAACAGCAUCUCCAUCAGCUUCAUCACCACCACAAUGUGCCCAUACAUAUACAGGCCAUUCAUCAAAUGCCACAGCCAUCUGAAAGGUCUGUUCAGAAUCAUCCAGGUUGGUAUGGAAAUGAGAAGCCUGGAGAUCUUCAAGCUUUGUCUACUGUGAUAAAUGGUAAAUCUCUCAUGUUGAGAGAUAUUGAACCAUCUGUGAUGCCUACAGCAGGUGAUGGAGGAGGAAAUUCCGUACAACCAUCUCUGCUUCAGCGGCAUCCUAAUCAUCUUCAUCACCAGCAGCAACAGGGGCUACCACCACCACCACAGCAACACAUAGACAGUAUGACCAAUUUUCUGAAUGGUAGGUUUGCUUCUAGUUUUAAUCUUCAGGAGGGCGUGGACAUGAAUGUUAGUAAUGGCUGGUCAUUUCAAAAUCAGCAGCAGUCAGUACCUUUAUACCGUCGUCAACCGCAGUCAUCUGUGCCAACUCCAGCACAGGAAAAUGUUACUCUUACACCUGUACAUUGUAUCUUGGAUGGUGUUGUGGAUAAAAGUACUAGUGGAACAAGUGGAGCAUUUGCUGGAUAUGCUCGUGCAGCUGUUAGCAUUGGACUGCAGCGAGAUAUUACACCUACAUUGCCAAUGAAUCUCCAGCAGAGAGAUAUUCUGUCACAUUUGUCACUUAAUGAACAGAGAGAAUUGCAGUCCCAAUUACCUGCAGGGCUACAUCAAAGGGAACUGACACAAGUACCUAUUGGCCUACUCCAAAGAGAUAUGUCAGCACAGCUGCCUGUUGGAUUUUCACCAAGAGAUGCACCUCCUCCACUUUCAGUGUUCUACCCCUCUCAUAUCCAAGAUCAGCAGCAGGUAGAUGGUUUUGUACAACAGCAGCCUCACAUGCAUCAUCAACAUCAGCAUCUCCAUCAGCAGCAACAUAUCAGUGGAGAAUUUGGUAAGACAAAUGGACACAGUGAAAAUUCUGGUGAUGAUUUGUUGUCAUCCACUCAGAGACAAAAUGGAGGAGGUACAACAUAUGCAAGUGUUUUGAGAGCAACACCACAGAAACCCAAUUCCUCAGUGUCACCAAAUGGUCAGGAGGAAGAGAAAAAUGGAACGGGUGAUCCUUUUGCUGUUCUUCGAGCUCUGGGGACAAAACAAAUGCAAGGAACAUCUGGAUUGUAUCAUUACUUUUCAUAGCUGUAAAUUAAGAUGCUGGAAUGUGUAAAUGAUGGAGUGGCUACAGUGAAAUCUCUUCAAAAACAAAUUUUUGUAAACCAUUAAACAUUUUUAAUUCAGUAGAUAAGGAGUCUAAUUUGUGAUGUAAGUAAUCUAAUAACAUCUGCUGUUUAGAAUAAAACUGUGCAUGAAUUAUAUGUACUGUGUAGGGAGUAAUGGAAUUUCACUGUAUUCUUAGUUCUGUAAAAAUAAAAUUAUUCUAAAAAAUGAUAAAAUGUGUAUAACAGUAAUAAAAAAUCGAAAACUAUGAAGUGAAAUGAAAUUAAAAAGUUGCUUGAUAAUGAUAUAAAUAUUUGUUUAUUAAUUUGUAUUUUUAUAGUUUUGUAGUAAGUGUGGGCAUUAUGUAAGCAGUGAUGCCCUGUAAGAAGAGCUUCUGCAGUUCAUGUUAACUGUACUUGGUGUAAGAAAUUAAUUUACCUGUAUAAAAUAUUCUGAUCUGUA